AUGUCCAACAACGUCGUCAUUCCCACCUCCUCCAUCUUCAAGGACGAUAUCCUCAAGGGCAAGGUUGCCUUUGUUACCGGUGGUGGAUCCGGUAUCUGCAAGGGUAUGGCUGAGGCAUUGGCCCGCCACGGCGCCAAGGUCACCAUCGUCAGCAGAACCCUCUCCAAGUUGGAGGCAGCAGCCAAGGAGAUGCGCGCCUCGACCGGAGGAGAAUUCCUGGCCAUUGCCGCCGAUGUCCGUGACCACAAGCAGGUCCAAGUCGCGGUCGACAGGCACAUGGCCCACUACGGCCGCCUCGACAUCCUCGUCAACGGCGCCGCCGGAAACUUCCUCUCGCUCUCCCAGCACCUCUCCUUCAACGCCUUCCGCUCCGUUAUCGAGAUCGAUCUCAUCGGAACAUUCAACACCACAAAGAUUUGCUUCCCUCACCUCAAGGCUUCUAAGGGGUCCAUCAUCAAUGUCUCCGCCACUUUGCCUUACAACGGUCAGGUCUUCCAGUCACAUGCCUGUGCUGCUAAGGCUGGUGUUGAUGCCUUGUCCCUCGUCUGGGCUAACGAGUGGGGUCCCCUCGGCAUCCGCUCCAACUGCAUUGCCCCCGGCCCUAUUGCCAAUACCGUUGGUAUGUCCAAGCUUGCCCCCGAGGGCACCGACAAUGUCCGUGUCCCCAUCGGUCGUCUGGGUGAGGUCCGUGAUAUCGAGCAUGCGACUUUGUACUUGGCCUCGGAGGCUGCCUCAUAUGUCACUGGCCAGGUCUUGAUCGUCGAUGGUGGUAACUGGUUGCAGCCCUCUCUCGAAUUUGGAUACCCUCAGGUCUGCGAGCAGGAACUCAACAUGCGUGAGAUCAUGGAGCCCGAGAAAGCCAAGGCCAAGCUGUAA